UGUGAGGUUCUUUAUGAUGAUGUUACAUUUUCAGGAGGAGGAGGAGAACCACUAUCUUGGGAUGCAAGGAUCAAAAUAGCUAUAGGAGCGGCUAAAGGACUUGCUUUCUUGCACACUACAGAAAAGAAAGUCAUAUACAGAGAUUUUAAGGCAUCAAACAUUUUGCUUGAUGGGGAAUUCAAUGCAAAACUUUCUGACUUUGGACUGGCCAAGCUAGGCCCGGUUGAUGGUAAUUCACACGUUUCGACUAAAGUUGUUGGCACUUACGGUUAUGCAGCUCCUGAGUACAUGGCUACAGGUCAUUUGUAUGUAAAAAGUGACGUCUAUGGAUUUGGAGUGUUAUUAUUGGAAAUAAUUACAGGUUUGCGAGUCCUCGAUCUAAAUAGGCCUAGUGGUCAAACUAACUUGGUAGAUUGGGCCAAGCCUUCGUUACCAAAUAAGAAAAAGUUGAGACAAAUAAUGGAUGCCCGUCUUCAGAACCAGUAUCCAUCCAAAGCUGCAUAUCGAACAGCCGAACUCAUAAUAAAGUGUCUCGAGCCUCACCUAAAACUCCGGCCCGAUAUGGAAAAAGUUUUGGAGACUUUGGAACAAAUCAGCACAAUUCAAAUGACACCAAAGGACUUAAAAGCUCAAGCUAGGCAAGAACAACAGCAUGGCGAUGGUCGUCGCCAGCAUCACCACCGAUCUCCGCUCCCAACCUAUCACGGGGGGGUCGGACCUGGGGGCAAUAGCAGCAAAGAUCUUCCAUAUAAUAAUUUGCAAAAAAACCGGAGUUACUGAUUAAGAGGACUAGUACUGGUGUUUUUACUUGUACAAAACCAAUUAUGGCUUGUAGAUAGUGUGGAGCUCUUUUGUCCAUCGUCAGUUAUUGUACCUGCUGUUUCACGUACCUCACGGGAAUGAAGAAAUGCAUAAAUUGGCUUCAUCACCUACUGCUUUGUGUGCUGAAGUGCACCUUUCUUAA